CUUUACGCGCCACGACUAUGGAAUGAUCUCAGCCGUUGACUGUAGCAAUGAUCGGCGAACAAGAUAAGAUCUGGGCGGUCAAUUCACGGACGGCUGAAGAUGUCGACGCUCAUAGCCGUACGAGAGCCUUCGCUCUCUGGAAACGACGGCGACUAUUCCCCCGCCAAGGAGAAAGCCUCCACCCGCGCCGCCGUCUACGGCGUCCGAUUGCCUCUUCUUCACCGCCGUCUCCGGCUGUUGGUUGGCGGCGCAAAGUACAAACUCCUCCUGCUUCUCUGUUUCCUGACUUCCAUCUAUGUGCUCAGCUCCAGGACCUCAUCGUUUGUGGGAUGGAAUCCUGAUUAUCCUUCUUCGGUAUCUGCGUCGUCUAGAGGUGGAUACACAGUUCUUAUCAACACUUGGAAGAGAAAUUCUCUGCUUAAGCAAUCUGUGGCUCACUAUGCAUCCUGCCGAGGGACUGAUGCCAUACACAUUGUUUGGAGUGAAACUAAUCCACCUUCCGAAAAUCUGAGGGAUUAUCUGAGGAAGACGGUAAUAAAGAAGUCACAAUCCGCCCACAAGCCAAACUUUAGGUUUGACAUAAACAAGGAAGAUAAUCUCAACAAUAGGUUCAAGCCAAUCGAGGACCUCCGUGCAGAUGCUAUAUUCUCAGUGGAUGACGAUGUGAUUGUUCCUUGUGGGACGCUCGAUUUUGCAUUUUCUGUAUGGCAAACUGCUCCACGUGCGAUGGUUGGAUUUGUUCCUCGUAUGCAUUGGCUUGCUGAAGAGAAAAAUGGUGGUGUUCGUUACACGUAUGGAGGAUGGUGGUCUGUUUGGUGGACGGGAACUUACAGUAUGAUCCUUUCGAAAGCGGCAUUCUUUCAUAAAAGAUAUUUGGAGUUAUACACUAACAAGAUGCCGGCAUCGAUUCAUGAUUAUGUUAGGAGAGAAAGAAACUGUGAAGACAUCGCAAUGUCUCUCCUCGUUGCAAACGCCACCGGGGCUCCUCCUAUAUGGAUCAAAGGACAAAUACGUGAGAUAGGUUUAUCCGGGAUAAGCAGUCUGAAGGGACACAACGACAAGAGGAACACAUGUCUCAACGAUUUCGUUUCUUUGUACGGCGGGACAAUGCCGCUAGUAUCAACCAACACGAAAGCAGUCGAUGCAAAACGUGAAUGGUUCUGGUAAUUUUCCGGCCGAGGUCAUCCGCGACGCGGCGUGCCGGGUACCCUUCUUGGAACUAAACUUUGAUGCUUUUAAGUUUGUGCCAUUAUAUGUUACUUGGUUUAGCAUUGCAUACAAAUUCUAACAUCCAUUGUUGUUUUAUUAUUUGUUGGAUUUAGUUAGAAACUUUCAUUAAGCAUUUUCAAUAUGUAGUAUAUGUAUAUGUAUUUUGUAUAGAUAUACACAUACUUUAUGUGUAGUUUUGGCCAAUCCCAUUUAGGGAUCUUGAA